GGAGAGCAGAGCCCGAGCCCGCGCCGUCGCCGCGCGCGCGCCGCUUCCCCGCACCUGAACCGGGAGACCCUCGCCCCGCGAACCUUUCCGCGGCUCCGCUACUCCGGCCGGCAUGUGGCCGCCGGGUCGCUCCGCCGAAACGCGCAGCAACUUGUCAAGCGCUGCGGAGGACUGCGGCUCGGUGUCCGUGGCCUUCCCCAUUACCAUGAUGGUUACCGGCUUCGUGGGAAACGCGCUGGCCAUGCUGCUAGUGUCGCGCAGCUACCGGCGCCGCGAGAGCAAGCGCAAGAAGUCUUUCCUGCUGUGCAUUGGAUGGCUGGCGCUCACCGACAUGGUGGGGCAGCUCUUGACCAGCCCGGUGGUCAUCCUCGUGUACCUGUCGCAACGGCGCUGGGAGCAUCUCGAUCCUUCAGGGCGCUUAUGCACCUUCUUCGGGCUGGCCAUGACGGUGUUCGGGCUGUCCUCGCUCCUGGUGGCCAGUGCCAUGGCCGUGGAGCGUGCGCUGGCCAUCCGCGCACCGCACUGGUACGCCAGCCACAUGAAGACUCGCGCCACGCGCGCGGUGCUGCUAGGCGUGUGGCUGGCGGUGCUCGCCUUCGCACUGCUGCCGGUGCUGGGGGUGGGCCGCUACAGCGUGCAGUGGCCCGGCACGUGGUGCUUCAUUAGCACCGGGCCCGUGGGCAACGAGACCGACCCUGCGCGAGAGCCGGGCAGCGUGGCCUUCGCCUCCGCCUUUGCAUGCCUGGGGCUGCUGUCUCUGAUAGUCACCUUUGCCUGCAACCUGGCGACCAUCAAAGCCCUAGUAUCCCGCUGCAGGGCCAAAGCCGCCGCCUCGCAGUCCAGCGCCCAGUGGGGCCGGAUCACCACCGAGACCGCCAUCCAACUCAUGGGAAUCAUGUGUGUGCUGUCUGUCUGCUGGUCUCCACUAUUGAUAAUGAUGCUGAAAAUGAUCUUCAGUCAGACAUCCGUCGAGCAGUGCAAGACACAGCUGGGAAAGGAGAAAGAGUGCAACUCCUUCCUCAUUGCAGUUCGUCUGGCUUCCCUGAACCAGAUCCUGGACCCCUGGGUUUAUCUGCUGCUAAGAAAGAUCCUUCUCCGGAAGUUCUGUCAGAUCAGGAACCACACCAACUAUGCUUCCAGCUCCACCUCCCUGCCCCGCCCAGGAUCCUCAGCUCUGGUGUGGAGUGACCAGCUGGAAAGAUGACAAACACCCCGAGGUGGACGUUCACUGCAGUCCUUGCUUCCCUGGGUCUGUGAGUUUCUUCCUCCUGAGAAAGAUAAUGGAAUAUUUUGGAUUUUUUCCUUCUUUGGACCACAGGUUUUAAUUUUUUUCUUGCCAUUAAACACACGGAGACAAGCUUUCUUACGAUAACCUGAACUUCUGGAUGCUGAUUGGCCCCCGUGAAGGACUGGGACUCUGCACUUGAGAAGUAGGGCAGAAUUGCACAGACUCAUCUGUUGAGCAGCACAGACCGAGUUGGUACAGCAGUGUCUCCAACUCCAGCCUUGCCGGGACAUCGUCACGUGUUUUAAUAGCUUGAUUCUACAUAAGAAUCAAUUUUUUUUUUUUAAAAAAAAAAAAAAGCAGCGUAACUUUUUAACAGGAAAGCAUUCAGGUGUUGAGAGCAAUUGUCCAUCUAAUAAACUAUGAGCUUAAUGAGAUUUUUUUUAAAAAGCCACGAGAAAGCAGGGUGUUGUGCAAACAGUGUUGGGCCAAGCUGGCAUGGAACAUGACAAAGUUGUGUGUCCUCAGCUAGGCUUCUGGGAAUAGGCCCUUCAGUAAUUCACAAACUGCAACAUUGUCUCUCUGCUCUUAAGGGGGCCGUUCAGCGAAGGGGUCUUCCAAGUGUCACUAACAGUUCCAAGGCUAGAUGACUAAAUGUUCAGUUAAAGCCAUAAAAAGGAAAACCAGAUACAGCCAACUACCUAUGGUUCCAGUUCAACCUUACUUCUGAGUCAACAUCAACUUAAGAUUUCUCACAAUUUGUGCUCAGGCAGCACACACAAAAAAAGGGCAAAAUUAACAAGAUUUUUAAUUAUUUAUCAAUUAUUCUACAUCUAAGUCUGUGACUUUUUAUAAAAUAAAAUAAUUUUGUCUAUAUUGAAAUAGUGAACUUUAAAAACUGAGUUCUUUAACAGCGUCCAACACCUUUACCUGCUUGUAAAUCCAACAGCCUCUUUUUCCUUCCUCAACCUGCCCUCUGGAUUUCUCUCCCCAGCCCCCGUUCCCUUAGCUCAGCAAAGAUUCAGUGUCUGCCUAGGCACUCACAGCGCCACGCUGUCACCUGUGUGGGCAGCUCUGGGAUCUGCUGUU